AUGCCUGACGGGAAGCCAAAGAAAGAAAACAUUUUAAACGAACAGGAUAUGUCGGAAAUGGUGCAAAUAAAGGCUCAAAUUAAGAACCUUCCUGAAGACAACCCGAAGGCAUGCGAAGGCCUCAUUCGAGAAUUGUACAAAAACAUUUCGGAAAUUCGCAAGGAAAGUGUGAAAAGACAGCUUCAUUCCGACCUUAAAGCUGUAUCUUGUCGUGGUAUAAAUAGCGAGUUGGGGGAAAUGCUACAAGAAAAUGGCUUGAACAUGGAAGGACUCCAUCUUGUGCUGAAAUAUUUGACCACAAAAGAGGAGCUCGCUCAAUAUUUUUUCACUCAUCCUAAAGGUGAUGUUGAAAAAGAUGGACUGGAUGCUGUAAGAAGACGACUAGGUCCAAAACUUGAGGUUCUUGGUGGAUUGAGUGCUAAAGGCAUUGAUGUGACAAAAAACUGGGCCCAAAAUCUUGUUAAAGAUGCCCCAUCGCUGCAAUCACUUUCCAGAAUCUCAGUUGGUGAAUUGGAGGUAAUGACAGUUUAAUUAGAUGUUACUUGUGAAAAUACAGGUGACUAAUUUUUGCAUGGUUGCGCAGAAUAAUCUUAAACCACAAAACUUUAAAUACAGCAAUGUGUUUUUUCCUAAUCCGUAUCCGAGUUCACAAGAAAUUCUGAUUCUUGAAAUAUUUGCAAGUCACAUUAUGCCUUUUCUCCUAGUACUUUGUCGAAAUUUUUUAACAUUUUCUAAUAUCAGAAUUUGUUUCGUCCAGCAUGUAUUUAUGCUAAAGAAUUUUUCAAAUUCCAAGUCAGGACUUUAUACUUGAAUAUUAAAAAAUUAUUUUCGUCAUUUAAUGAUCACUUAAUGACAAAUGUUAUCAAUACUGCAGUCUCUGCUGCAACCGUAUUGUACUGCGGUGAUAAGGAAAAUAAUUGGUUGAUUGCGAAGGGAUUUAUGCUAAAGAAUUUUUCAAAUUCCAACUCAGGACUUUAUUCUUGAAUAUUAAAAAAAUAUUUCCGUCAUUUAAUGAUCACUUAAUGACAAAUGUUAUCAUGAUCAAUACUGCAAUCUCUGUUGGAACCGUAUUGUGCUGCGGUAAUAAGGAAAAUAAUUGGUUGAUUGCGAAGGGAUUGGCGGCAAAGCGAUUAUAAAUAACACGAUCGAGAUUGGGCAUCGUAAUCUUAGUACGGUUAAAGAAAGGGAACGCGGCUGUUGGGGGGUCGGCAAAAAGAGAAAAUCCUAAAAAAAGAGCAAGUUUGAGCCAAAAAAUCUAAAUUCUUGUUUAUGGCAGUUAUAAGUAGUCCCGUUUUGAUAUUUACCAAGCAUUUUGUCUAUAACACAUUUUUGAAAGCGCAUAAGUCGUGGCCCUAUUAAGGUGGGGGCCCGGGGAACGGCUCCUUGAAAAACAGGUGCCUAUGCGUGCUAUGAAGGACUACCGUUUUUAAAUAUUUUUAAAUAAUAAUAACAAUAAUAAUAAUAAUAAAUUCAAAUAAGUUGCAAAAACUAUUACUGAUUAGUCUGCAAAGAAGGCAAUUACACUUAAUUUUUCAGGCACACCCAAAUUAAACACCUACUUUGUAGGCUAAUUACUGAUCAGCUCCCCAUCCUAUAGCUAUUAUCAAAAGCAGCGUUAUUUAGUUCAAACAUACUUUCUGUGCCGAUAGUCCUGCAAUAUCGUAUUAGCUAUCUCUACAUAAUGAUGCAAAUAUUUAGCUAAUACUAAUCUAUUAUCAACCAUUUAUAAUCUUAUAAGAUUGCUCGAUUGCUGCUUGCUCGAUAUAAUCUUAUUACCUGCUUGAGCAAGCUGCAGCAAGUAGGCUCCACUGAUUUUACAAAACUUCAACGUCUUUAACGUUACAAAGACAACGUGCUUUGGGUAUUCAGCAUUAUUUUUCACCCGGCUCGGUUUCCUUUGUUCUUAUCGGGGAAUAUAUUCAAUAUUCCCCUCUAAUCAAUUUCCGUUGUAUUCAGCAUUAUUUUUCACCCGGCUCGGUUUCCUUUGUUCUUAUCGGGGAAUAUAUUAAAAUAUUCCCCUCUAAUCAAUUUCCGUUUAAUAAUCCCCUCUAAUAUUCCCCUGCAAUUUAAUAAUCCCCUCUAAUAUUCACCUGCAAUGUCUUUGCAGUCUUUGCAGCACAAAAAAUGAGAAAAAAACAACAUAACGAAGGCAAUAUGGCAUUAAGAAUUAUUUCUAUUCUGACUCAUUAACGCGCAGUGGCGUGCUGGCAGGGGGGGCAGGGGGGCCCGGGGGGCCAUGGCCCCCCCUGCGAAACUUUUUUAGGGGGCGCCAAAGCAUAAAUGGGGCGCCGAAAUUGCACAAAAUCACCGAAAGCACAGUAGCAGACACGAAAGCUUAAAGCGCCAGUCCGAAUUGUAAUUUUUUAGAUCCCAUUGGCCAAGGUUUGUUUCAAUUGUUUACGUUUGAAAUUUCAACCUUUAAUUUUCCCAAUGAAUAAACCACGUUUUGACAGGUCACGCCCCCUAAGGCGUGGGAAACGAUUUAUACAAUAAUUGGAUUAGUAUUAAUAGUGCGGAAGAAACGGUUUGAAAAUUGUAACCGUAUUAACUAAUGCGCACGCUUUACGGCAGCUCGAAAUUGAUUGUCAUUGUCAUUGUUAAAGGAUGCAAUUGUGAUUAUUUGUGAAUGUGAAAUCAGAGAUGUGAAGUGAUUUGGCUUGAGAUUGACGAUUGUUGGUAAGCGUUGUAAUUACUUUUUACUCAGACAAUUAUUCAUGAGCAAGACACAAAGGAAAUCGCGUUAAACGUUCUCAUUCAUACGGUGCAAGUGAACGGACCUUUCCAGAUACACCUAGUCUCCUUCGCAGCCGCUCUCCCCCCCACGAGCGGCUGCUCACUCGAGCACAACAUUCCAUUCCCUUAAAACAACCAAUCACAGCAAUGCUUCUAAAUUUUGGAAACAUGACCUUGGACUUGUUGUAUUCCGCGGGAACAACAUGGCGGAAUUGGAACGAGUGUUUAAAGUGCUGAGCGAUAAGUUUAAAUUUGAUUAUUUAAACGUGCAUCAGAAAAAUGCAAUUACUUCUAUUGUUAAGAAAAAAGAGGACAUAUUCGUUAGUUUGCCUACUGGGUAUGGUAAAUCAGUUAUUUACCAAGCUUUACCGUUUGCAUUUGAUGAACUAUCUCGUAAUACAGGACACAUUGUCGUCGUGAUUUCGCCUCUUCUUACACUUAUAGAAGAUCAGAUCCAAAAUUUGCGGAUGGUCGGAAUAACAGCUGUAAGUCUUAGCCAUAUUACAACGAAUGAAGAAAUGCAGCAAGUGGAAAUGGGUUCGUUUGCUAUUGUAUAUGCGACUCCAGAAGGUCUUCUAAAAAGCGAACGAUGGCGACACAUGUUGUCGAAUAAAGUAUAUAGAGAAAAACUUUGUGCAAUUGCUGUUGAUGAGGCCCAUGUGAUAAAGCAAUGGUGAGCACUUUCAAUACCUUAUACGAAAAUCAGAAAAAUGAAAUCAUUCAAAUUAGUACAUUAAAUUUAACUGUUCAAUACCUUAUACGAAAAUCAGAAAAAUGAAAUCAUUCAAAUUAGUACAUUAAAUUUAAAUUAUUAAUUUUAUUAGUAGCACUGAAUUAUUUUAUUCAAAUUCCACUACUAAUAUUGAAUUUAUAUUAGAAUGCUGUGUUAUCAAUAACAAUAUUUGUUUAUCAUUUCUAUAAAGGGGUACUUCAACUACUUCCAAAUUGGCUCCAUUUAGAGAAUGCUAUGGUCGUCUACAUGAACUUCGAUCCCUUGUUAAUACCUCAGUCAACUUUAUUUGUGUAACUGCCACAGCUACAAAGGAUACCAAGGAUGUCAUUGUUGAUCUGUUAGGUAUGAAGAAACCACAUGAAAUAUCAGAGAGCCCUGAGAAACCAAAUAUGACCUAUGUCGUGAAACAAAUUCCUCGGGAUGCUGAUAUAAAGCAAUACUUUACUUGGCUUGUCAUGGAAGCACAAGAUAAUGGACUGAAAAUGGAACGAACAAUUAUUUAUUGUCAAACAAUACAUCAAUGUAGUGUUGUGUAUGCAACAAUAAAGCAAAUGUUGGGAACCAGAUUGUAUGUUGACAAGGUUGGAGAUAGGAAAAAUGUUAUUUUGGAAAUGCUUCAUUCAUGCUCCCCAUCUUGUAACAAAGAAGCUGUAUUAAAGUCAUUUAGAGAAGCAAAUGGUGCAAUACGUAUUUUAGUGGCUACUAUUGCUUUUGGGAUGGGAGUGGAUUGCAAAGGAGUGCACAGAACGGUCCACUUUGGGCCAUCAAAAAAUAUUGAAGCAUUUAUUCAGGAGACUGGUAGGGCAGGUAGAGAUGGGGUCCAAAGUUUAUCUUACUUAUUAUAUCAUGGUUUACUCCUAACUCAUGUUUGUCAAGACAUUAAAGAAUAUGUAAAACUCAAAGACUGUAGAAGAAGAUGUUUACUGAAACAUUUUUCUUAUGAUGAAACUGCAACACCUGUCAUACCUCAUAUGUGCUGUGAUAAUUGUGCUCAAGCAUGCAAAUGUGGAUUGCCUGAUUGUGGAAAAUACCUGAUAACAUAUUCAUCAGUAUUGCCUUCUCAUGAUUCACCAGGUACUGAACGAAAUGUGACCAUGGAGCAAAAAACAGAGCUGUUAAAACUGUUAACUAAUUAUCACAAAUCGUUGGUUAUGAAAUUUUUGUCUGAACAUGCACAAGGACAUGUAAAAACAUUGACAAAUCUUCCUCUUCUAAUUGGAUUUUCAGAUGUGCAAAUUUCACAAGUGGUAGAUAAUUGCAAUAAACUUUUUACUAUGGAUGAUGUUUAUAAACGUAUUGAAAUUUGGCAUUCGAGACAUGCAAAAAUGAUACUUACAUUUGUCAAAUCAGUAUUUAUGGAUAUUCUUGAGCCAAGUGAAGUACAGACAGCAAACUUUGAUAUGGAAACAUAUGAUGAUUCAGAUGAUGAAUUAGACUUCUCACUUAACACUGAAUGGGAUGCCAUAAUUAAGGAUGAUGAUUUUAUAGACCUCUUAUGUGAAAGCUUUGAAGUAGAAGAAUUGUCAGGAUAUUGUAGUGAUGCUAGCAGCAUAUCUUCUGAACAUUCAAAUAAUGAUAUUCCUGAUGCCGUAUUGGAAUUACUAGAAAAUGAAGUUUUAAUGACUGAUAACAGACCCAAGAGUGUUUGA